AUGAGUCAAAAAGAUUUGUCAGAAGAAGUGGAGGAGAGCCCUCAACCCUUAUGUAUCACCUGUGGCCAACGACAUUUACCAGAAGAGAACCACCUGUACAGCUACACAGAAGAAGUGGAUGAUGAUCUAAUAUGCCACAUCUGCCUGCAAGCUUUGAUCCAGCCACUGGACACUCCUUGUGGUCACACCUACUGCACAGUCUGCCUUACAAACUUCCUAGUGGAAAAAGACUUCUGCCCUGUGGAUCGCAAAAUUUUGAUUCUACAGUCUUGCAGAAAGUCCAACAUACUAGUAAAUAAACUCCUGGAUAAGCUAAUGGUUAGCUGCCCUUUCACAGAACACUGCUCAGAGGUUUUGCAACGUUGUGACCUUGAACAGCAUUUCCAAACUGGAUGUAAAGGAGCAUCCCAUUAUGGCCUUACCAAGGAACGAAAGAGACGUUCACAAGAUGACUCUCCAGACUGUAGUGCCACUUUAACCGUAGCAGCUCUUGGCCCAGAGCUCUCCGCAGCUGCAGCGAUUGCCUUAAUGACAGAUGAGCCAGGCCUAGUUAAUCCAUCCUUCAGCCCUUCCUCAGAAGACAACCAGUCAGGGAGCAGUUCUGGGGACCCCAGUAGAAGCAACCGAAACAGAAGUCGGCCCUUCGAACGUUCCACUAUAAGAAGCAGAUCUUUUAAAAAAAUAAAUCGAGCUUUGAGUGUCCUUCGAAGGACGAAAAGUGGCAGUGCUGUAUCCAACCAGGCUGACCAGGAAAGGGAGUGUGUUGAAAACUGUCUUGCCGCAGACGAAGUCUUCCCCAGAUUAUAUCACCUGAUUCCAGAUGGAGAAAUUACCAGUAUUAAGAUCAAUCGUACUGAUCCCAAAGAAAGUCUUGCUGUUAGAGUUGUUGGAGGCAGUGAGACACCUUUGGUCCACAUCAUUAUACAACAUAUCUAUCGAGAUGGGGUGAUUGCCAGAGAUGGAAGAUUACUGCCAGGAGACAUGAUACUAAAGGUGAACGGCAUGGACAUCAUCAAUGUUCCUCACAACUACGCCCUGUCAGUUCUGAAGCAGCCUUGUCAGGUGCUCCGACUCACUGUCCUCAGAGAGCAGAGGUACCGAUGCCGAAAUAACAGACUUCCUCUUGAUGCUCACUACAACAGGGAUGACAGUUUUCAUGUGGUUCUAAACAAAGGCAACCCAGAUGAGCAGCUGGGAAUAAAGCUGGUCCGCAAGGCAGAUGAAUCCGGGGUAUUUAUUUUCAACUUGCUGGAAGGAGGUGUGGCUGCCCGUGAUGGACAGCUUCGAGAAAACGACCGGGUGUUAGCUAUUAAUGGCCAUGAUCUUCGGUACGGCAGUCCGGAAAAUGCAGCCCAGCUGAUACAGGCCAGUGAGAAGCGGGUUCACUUUAUUGUGUCACGGCAGACCAGACAGCAGACCCCUGACAUCUUGCAGGAGGCUGGGUGGAAUUACAACGGCAGUCCUCAGCCUUGCCCAUCGGAAAGAAACUAUCCUAACAAGAACACCCUUCAUGCUGUCACCUGUCAUGAGAAGGUGGUGUCUGUCCGGAAAGAUCACACAGAGUCACUGGGAAUGACUGUGGCAGGUGGAGCAUCUCACAGGGAAUGGGAUUUGCCCAUCUACGUGAUAAGUGUUGAACCUGGAGGAGUCAUCAGCAGAGAUGGCAGAAUGAAAACAGGUGACAUUUUGCUGAAUGUGAAUGGAAUUGACCUGACUGGUGUCAGCCGUAGCGAGGCAGUAGCCCUGUUGAAAAACACCACCUCGUCUGUAGUGCUCAAAGCCUUGGAAAUGAAAGAAUGUGAGGCCCUGGAGGACAUGAGCCAUGUAUCACUCCCUGACACCACUCAGAACACAUCUGAUAACAGUGAAUGGUCACCUUCCUGGGUUAUGUGGCUUCAGCUGCCACGGUAUUUGUACAGCUGCAAAGAAAUUGUAUUACGAAGAAAUACAGCAGGAAGUCUUGGCUUCAGCAUCGUAGGCGGUUAUGAAGAACACAGUGGGAACAAACCAUUCUUUAUCAAAUCCAUCGUUGGAGGCACACCAGCAUACAAUGAUGGAAGAAUUAGAUGCGGUGAUAUCCUCCUUGCUGUCAAUGGCAGGAAUACAUCAGGAAUGAUGCAUGCCUGUUUGGCAAGAAUGCUCAAAGAACUGAAAGGAAAAAUUACUCUCACUCUUAUGUCCUGGCCUGGCACUUUUUUAUAA